AUGGCUACCUCUCAAGUGAUGUUUCCGGGUGCUAUGGCUAUCUCUCAAGUGAUGUUUCCCGAGUGCUAUGGCUGCCCUCAAGUGAUGUUUCCCGAGUGCUAUGGCUUCUCUCAAGUGAUGUUUCCCAAAUGCUACGGCUGCCCUGAAGUGAUGUUUCCCGAGUGCUAUGGCUGCCCUCAAGUGAUGUUUCCCGAGUGCUAUGGCUGCCCUCAAGUGAUGUUUCCCGAGUGCUAUGGCUGCCCUCAAGUGAUGUUUCCCGAGUGCUAUGGCUAUCUCUCAACUCACGUUGGCGAUGCGCCGCAAUCAUCAACUCAACCUCCCAACCAUCAGCCCACCUUCCCAACCACCAGUCCACCUUCCCAACCAUCAGCCCACCUUCCCAACCAUCAGUCCACCUUCCCAACCACCAGUCCACCUUCCCAACCAUCAGCCCACCUUCCCAACCAUCAGCCCACCUUCCCAACCAUCAGCCCACCUUCCCAACAAUCAGCCCACCUUCCCAACCACCAGCCCACCUUCCCAACCAUCAGCCCACCUUCCCAACCACCAGCCCACCUUCCCAACCAUCAGCCCCAGUCCCAACCAUCAGCCCACCUUCCCAACCAUCAGCCCACCUUCCCAACCAUCAGCCCACCUUCCCAACAAUCAGCCCACCUUCCCAACCAUCAGCCCCCCUUCCCAACCAUCAGUCCACCUUCCCAACCACCAGCCCACCUUCCCAACCAUCAGCCCCAGUCCCAACCAUCAGCCCACCUUCCCAACCAUCAGCCCACCUUCCCAACCAUCAGUCCACCUUCCCAACCAUCAGCCCACCUUCCCAACAAUCAGCCCACCUUCCCAACCACCAGUCAACCUUCCAAACCAUCAGCCCACCUUCCAAACCAUCAGCCCACCUUCCAAACCAUCAGCCCACCUUCCAAACCACCAGUCCACCUUCCCAACCAUCAGCCCCAGUCCCAACCAUCAGUCCACCUUCCCAACCACCAGCCCACUUUCCCAACCAUCAGUCCACCUUCCAAACCACCAGUCCACCUUCCCAACCAUCAGGCCCAGUCCCAACCAUCAGUCCACCUUCCCAACCACCAGCCCACUUUCCCAACCAUCAGUCCACCUUCCAAACCAUCAGCCCACCUUCCCAACCAUCAGCCCCAGUCCCAACCAUCAGCCCACCUUCCCAACCAUCAGCCCAAGUCCCAACCAUCAGUCCACCUUCCCAACCACCAGCCCACUUUCCCAACCAUCAGUCCACCUUCCCAACCAUCAGCCCCAGUCCCAACCAUCAGCCCACCUUCCCAACCACCAGCCCACUUUCCCAACCAUCAGUCCACCUUCCCAACCACCAGCCCACUUUCCCAACCAUCAGUCCACCUUCCAAACAAUCAGCCUACCUUCCCAACAAUCAGCCCACCUUCCCAACCACCAGUCAACCUUCCCAACCAUCAGCCCACCUUCCAAACCAUCAGCCCACCUUCCAAACCAUCAGCCCACCUUCCAAACCACCAGUCCACCUUCCAAACCAUCAGCCCCAGUCCCAACUAUCAGCCCACUUUCCCAACCAUCAGCCCCAGUCCCAACCAUCAGCCCACCUUCCCAACCAUCAGCCCACCUUCCCAACCACCAGUCCACCUUCCCAACCAUCAGCCCACCUUCCCAACCAUCAGUCCACCUUCCCAACCACCAGUCCACCUUCCCAACCAUCAGCCCACCUUCCCAACCAUCAGCCCACCUUCCCAACCAUCAGCCCACCUUCCCAACAAUCAGCCCACCUUCCCAACCACCAGCCCACCUUCCCAACCAUCAGCCCACCUUCCCAACCACCAGCCCACCUUCCCAACCAUCAGCCCCAGUCCCAACCAUCAGCCCACCUUCCCAACCAUCAGCCCACCUUCCCAACCAUCAGCCCACCUUCCCAACAAUCAGCCCACCUUCCCAACCAUCAGCCCCCCUUCCCAACCAUCAGUCCACCUUCCCAACCACCAGCCCACCUUCCCAACCAUCAGCCCCAGUCCCAACCAUCAGCCCACCUUCCCAACCAUCAGCCCACCUUCCCAACCAUCAGCCCACCUUCCCAACCAUCAGCCCACCUUCCCAACCAUCAGCCCACCUUCCCAACCAUCAGUCCACCUUCCCAACCAUCAGCCCACCUUCCCAACAAUCAGCCCACCUUCCCAACCACCAGUCAACCUUCCAAACCAUCAGCCCACCUUCCAAACCAUCAGCCCACCUUCCAAACCAUCAGCCCACCUUCCAAACCACCAGUCCACCUUCCCAACCAUCAGCCCCAGUCCCAACCAUCGGUCCACCUUCCCAACCACCAGCCCACUUUCCCAACCAUCAGUCCACCUUCCAAACCACCAGUCCACCUUCCCAACCAUCAGGCCCAGUCCCAACCAUCAGUCCACCUUCCCAACCACCAGCCCACUUUCCCAACCAUCAGUCCACCUUCCAAACCAUCAGCCCACCUUCCCAACCAUCAGCCCCAGUCCCAACCAUCAGCCCACCUUCCCAACCAUCAGCCCAAGUCCCAACCAUCAGUCCACCUUCCCAACCACCAGCCCACUUUCCCAACCAUCAGUCCACCUUCCCAACCAUCAGCCCCAGUCCCAACCAUCAGCCCACCUUCCCAACCACCAGCCCACUUUCCCAACCAUCAGUCCACCUUCCCAACCACCAGCCCACUUUCCCAACCAUCAGUCCACCUUCCAAACAAUCAGCCUACCUUCCCAACAAUCAGCCCACCUUCCCAACCACCAGUCAACCUUCCCAACCAUCAGCCCACCUUCCAAACCAUCAGCCCACCUUCCAAACCAUCAGCCCACCUUCCAAACCACCAGUCCACCUUCCAAACCAUCAGCCCCAGUCCCAACCAUCAGCCCACUUUCCCAACCAUCAGCCCCAGUCCCAACCAUCAGCCCACCUUCCCAACCAUCAGUCCACCUUCCCAACCACCAGUCCACCUUCCCAACCAUCAGCCCACCUUCCCAACCACCAGUCCACCUUCCCAACCAUCAGCCCACCUUCCCAACCAUCAGCCCACCUUCCCAACCAUCAGCCCACCUUCCCAACAAUCAGCCCACCUUCCCAACCACCAGCCCACCUUCCCAACCAUCAGCCCACCUUCCCAACCACCAGCCCACCUUCCCAACCAUCAGCCCCAGUCCCAACCAUCAGCCCACCUUCCCAACCAUCAGCCCACCUUCCCAACCAUCAGCCCACUUUCCCAACCAUCAGUCCACCUUCCCAACCACCAGCCCACCUUCCCAACAAUCAGCCCACCUUCCCAACCACCAGUCCACCUUCCCAACCAUCAGCCCACCUUCCAAACCAUCAGUCCACCUUCCAAACCUUCAGCCCACCUUCCCAACCAUCAGCCCACCUUCCCAACCAUCAGCCCACCUUCCCAACCAUCAGUCCACCUUCCCAAUCAUCAGCACGCCUUCCCAACCAUCAGCCCACCUUCCCAACCAUCAGACCACCUUCCCAACUAUCAGCCCACCUUCCAAACCAUCACUUCCACCUCCCAACCAUCAGUUCAACCUCCCAACCAUCAGUUCAACCUCCCAUCCAUCAGUUCAAUCUCCCAACCAUCAGUUCAACCACCCAAACAUCAGUUCAACCACCAAACCAUCAGUUCAACCACCAAACCAUCAGUUCAACCACCCAACCAUCAGUUCCACCUCCCAACCAUCAGUUCCACCUCCCAACCAUCAGUUCAACCUCCCAUCCAUCAGUUCCACCUCCCAACCAUCAGUUCCACCUCCCAACCAUCAGUUCCACCUCCCAACCAUCAGUUCCACCUCCCAACCAUCAGUUCAACCUCCCAUCCAUCAGUUAAAUCUCCCAACCAUCAGUUCAACCACCCAAACAUCAGUUCAACCACCAAACCAUCAGUUCAACCACCAAACCAUCAGUUCAACCACCCAACCAUCAGUUCCACCUCCCAACCAUCAGUUCCACCUCCCAACCAUCAGUUCAACCUCCCAUCCAUCAGUUCCACCUCCCAACCAUCAGUUCCACCUCCCAUCCAUCAGUUCCACCUCCCAACCAUCAGUUCAACUUCCCAACCAUCAGCUCCACCUCCCAACCAUCAGUUCAACCUCCCAUCCAUCAGUUCCACCUCCCAACCAUCAGUUCAACCACCCAACCAUCAGUUCCACCUCCCAACCACCAGUUCAACCUCCCAACCAUCAGUUAGACCUCCCAUCCAUCAGUUUAACCUCCCAUCAAUCAGUUCAACCUCCCAUCCAUCAGUUCAUCCAACCAACCACCAGUUCAACCUCCCAACCAGCAGUUCAACCUCCCAUCCAUCAGUUCAACCUCCCAACUUUCAGUUCAACCUCCCAUCCAUCAGUUCAUCCAACCAACCACCAGUUCCACCUCCCAACCAUCAGUUCAACCUCCCAUCCAUCAGUUCCACCUCCCAACCAUCAGUCCAACCUCCCAACCAUCAGUUCCACCUCCCAACCAUCAGUUCAACCUCCCAUCCAUCAGUUCCACCACCCAACCAUCAGUUCAACCUCCCAACCAUCAGUUCCACCUCCCAACCAUCAGUUCAACCUCCCAUCCAUCAGUUCCACCUCCCAACCAUCAGUUCAACCACGCAACCAUCAGUUCCACCUCCCAACCACCAGUUCAACCUCCUCACCAUCAGUUAGACCUCCCAUCCAUCAGUUUAACCUCCCAUCCAUCAGUUCAACCUCCCAUCCAUCAGUUCAUCCAACCAACCACCAGUUCAACCUCCCAACCAGCAGUUCAACCUCCCAUCCAUCAGUUCAACCUCCCAACCAUCAGUUCAACCUCCCAUUCAUCGGUUCAACCUCUCAACCAUCAGUUCAACCUCCCAAUCAUCAGUUCAACCACCCAUCCAUCAGUUCAACUAACCAACCACCAGUUCAACCUCCCAACUAUCAGUUCAACCACCCAACCAUCAGUUCAACCUCCCAACCAUCAUUUCAACCACCCAACCAUCAGUUCAACCUCCCAAUCAUCAGUUCAACCACCCAACCAUCAGUUCAACCACCCAAUCAUCAGUUCAACCUCCCAUCCAUCAGUUCAACCUCCCAAUCAUCAGUUCAACCAACCAACCAUCAGUUCAACCUCCCAACCAUCAGUUCAACCACCCAAUCAUCAGUUCAACCACCCAACCAUCAGUUCAACCUCCCAAUCAUCAGUUCAACCUCCCAACCAUCAGUUCAACCACCCGACCAUCAGUUCAACCUCCCAAUCAUCAGUUCAACCACCCAACCAUCAGUUCAACCAACCAACCACCAGUUCAACCUCCCAACUAUCAGUUCAACCACCCAACUAUCAGUUCAACCACCCAACCAUCAGUUCAACCACCCAACCAUCAGUUCAACCUCCCAACCAUCAGUUCAACCUCCCAACCAUCAGUUCAACCAACCAACCAUCAGUUCAACCUCCCAUCCAUCAGUUCAACCUCCCAACCAUCAGUUCAACCUCCCAUCCAUCAGUUCAACCUCCCAUCCAUCAGUUCAACCAACCAACCAGCAGUUCAACCUCCCAACCAGCAGUUCAACCUCCCAUCCAUCAGUUCAACCUCCCAACCAUCAGUUCAACAUCUCAUUCAUCGGUUCAACAUCUCAACCAUCAGUUCAACCUCCCAACCAUCAGUUCCACCACCCAACCAUCAGUUCAACCAACCAACCACCAGUUCAACCUCCCAACUAUCAGUUAGACCUCCCAUCCAUCAGUUCAACCUCCCAACCAUCAGUUCAACCUCCCAACUAUCAAUUCAACCACCCCCCAACCAUCAGUUCAACCUCCCAACUAUCAGUUCAACCACCCAACCAUCAGUUCAACCACCCAACUAUCAGUUCAACCACCCAACCAUCAGUUCAACCUCCCAACUAUCAGUUCAACCUCCCAACCAUCAGUUCAACCUCCCAACUAUCAGUUCAACCUCCCAACCAUCAGUUCAACCUCCCAACCAUCAGUUCAACCUCCCAACCAUCAGUUCAACCUCCCAUCCAUCAGUUCAACCUCCCAACCAUCAGUUCAAUCUCCCAUCCAUCAGUUCAACCUCCCAUCCAUCAGUUCAACCAACCAACCAUCAGUUCAACCUCCCAACUAUCAAUUCAACCACCCCCCAACCAUCAGUUCAACCUCCCAACUAUCAGUUCAACCACCCAACCAUCAGUUCAACCACCCAACUAUCAGUUCAACCACCCAACCAUCAGUUCAACCUCCCAACUAUCAGUUCAACCUCCCAACCAUCAGUUCAACCUCCCAACUAUCAGUUCAACCUCCCAACCAUCAGUCCAACCUCCCAACCAUCAGUUCAACCUCCCAACCAUCAGUUCAACCUCCCAUCCAUCAGUUCAACCUCCCAACCAUCAGUUCAACCUCCCAUCCAUCAGUUCAACCUCCCAUCCAUCAGUUCAACCAACCAACCAUCAGUUCAACCUCCCAACCAUCAGUUCAACCUCCCAACCAUCAGUUCAACCUCCCAACCAUCAGUUCAACCUCCCAACUAUCAGUUCAACCACCCAACCAUCAGCCCACCUUCCCAACAAUAAACUCAACUCCACAACCAUCAGCUCACACUAUCAAACAUCAGAUCAGCUCAGCUCAGCUAACCAUAGCUCAGCUCAGCUCAGCUCAGCUCAGCUCAGCUCACUCCAUGCUGAUUACAUGGAUUCUUGCUCAUAA